AAACAGACAUUGCUUCAUGUUCUUCAUAAAUUAGCACCCUCAUAAAGGUAAACCAAGAAGGUUAUCCUCUCUCAGCUGGCAUCAGUAUUUAAUUACUUUUCAUAUUUCUGUCAUUUUAUUUUUUUAAUGAGAUUUGGGACUGUUCUGUGAUUGUUACCAGAAUUGCCAAUGCACAAGAGCCAGAAUGUAUUUGGAAACUAGAAGGGCUAUUUUUGUUUUUUGGAUUUUUCUCCAAGUUCAAGGAACCAAAGAUCUCUCCAUUAAAACAUACCAUUCUGAAACUAAAGAUGUAGACAAUGCCCCAAGAAUCGAAACAACUGAAAGUACUACAAAAAUGUACAAAGUGUCAACCAUGAAACAAAUAUUCGAUUUGGCCAAGCAUCGACCCAAAAGAUCAACAUUUUUCCCAGCCGGGGUUAAAGUCUGUCCACAGGAAUCCAUGAAACAGAUUUUAGCCAGUCUUCAAGCUUAUUAUAGAUUGAGAGUGUGUCAGGAAGCAGUGUGGGAAGCAUAUCGGAUCUUUCUGGACCGCAUCCCUGACCCAGGGGAAUACCAGAACUGGGUCAGCAUCUGCCAGCAGGAGACCUUCUGCCUCUUUGACAUUGGAAAAAAUUUCAGCAACUCCCAGGAGCACCUGGAUCUUCUUCAGCAGAGAAUAAAACAGAGACACUUCCCUGAGAGAAAAGAUGAAAUCUCUACAGAGAAGACAUUAGGAGCACCUGGUGAAACCCCUGUGUUUUCUCCAGAUGUCUCCAGUGUCUCGCUUGGACCCUUCCCUCUCACUCUUGGUGACACAUUCCUCAACGACACCAUCAUGCCUACAACAGAAAGAAAAAUAGAAUCCACUAAGGUAUACAAAGGCCCACUGGAGCAGAAGGUGGAAUUGAGCAUCACUCUAGCAAACCAGAGGUUCACGGCAGAGCUCGCUGACUCCCAGUCCCCACAUUAUCAGGAGCUGGCGGCCAAGUCUCAACUCCAGAUGCAAAAGGUAUUUAAGAAAUUUCCAGGAUUCAAAGAAAUCCAUGUGCUAGGAUUUAGACCAAAGAAAGGAAAAGAUGGUUCAAGCUCCACAGAGAUGCGACUUUUGGCCAUCUUUAAGAGAGACAUUGCAGAUGCAAAAAGCCCUGCGAGUAACCUCCUGUCUUUUGAUUCCAACAAAAUUGAGAGUGAAGGAGUCCCUCAUGGAAUGAUGGAGGAAGACAAGCAACCAGAAAUCUAUCUCACAGCUUCAGACCUCAAAAAGCUAAUCAGCAGAGCACUAGAGGAAGACAAAUCCUUGGAUGUGGAAACAAUUCAGUUCAUUGAUGAAUUGUUGGGGUCAUUGCCAGGCUCCGAUCCCGACUUCCAGUCAGUGCUGCCCACACUCCUUGCCGAUAUCACAAAGGACGCUACUUUGAGUCCAGAACUUCCUCUUGAUCAAUCCAGGCUUGAGACAGUGGACAAAACAGGACACAGUACUCCUGCUUUUUCCACAGACAGUUCUUGGUCUCCACCUGCUUCCCUAUCAGACACUCUACCUUUCUUUACUGCCUCAAGCAUCUUCUCUCUGACUAAUCAAAGUGUCACAGACAUAAUGCCCGUCGACCAAACAGUACUAAUCCCAGGACUAACCAUCCCCACAGAUGAUUAUUCUGCCAUCAGCCAAUCGGCUCUGGAAAUUUCACAGCCAUCUGCAUCAUCAGGCAGCCAGGAAAUAGUGAGAGACUUAGAUGUAAUGGAUAUAUCUGAUGCCCCUGCCUCCUCUCAGCUACCAAGAUUCAGUGGGUAUGUUUCUACCCCGGAUCGUUUCUUGGAGAAUAUCACACCUAGCCCAGCUUUACAGUACAUCACCACUAGUUCUAUGACCACUGCCAGCAAGGGCCAAGAGCUGGUAGUGUUCUUCAGUCUGCGAGUCGCUAACAUGCCCUUCUCCAACAACCUGUUCAACAAGAGCUCUCUAGAGUACCAGGCUCUGGAGCAACAAUUCACACAGCUGCUGGUUCCAUAUCUACGCUCCAAUCUUACGGGAUUUAAGCAACUUGAAAUUCUUAACUUCAGAAAUGGGAGUGUGAUUGUGAAUAGCAAGUUGAAGUUUGCUAAGUCGGUGCCAUAUAACCUCACCAAGGCUGUGCAGGGGGUCUUGGAGGAUUUUCGUUCUGCCGCAGCCCAACAACUUGACCUGGAGAUAGACAGCUACUCUCUCAACAUCGAACCAGCUGAUCAAGCAGACCCUUGCAAAUUCCUGGCCUGUGGCGAAUUUGCCCAGUGUGUAAAAAAUGAGUGGACCAAGGAAGCAGAGUGUCGCUGCAGACCAGGGUAUGAGAGCCAGGCGCGCCUGGACCGCCGGGACUCUGGCCUCUGCACCCCCAUAGAGGGAUGUGAGGUCAUCCAGGGAAAGGGAGCUCCGUGCAGGUCACCAGGUCACUCUAAAAAUCAAGCAUACAAAACUAGUGUUAAAAAAUUCCAACAUCAGCAAAAUAACAAGAUAAUCAGGAAAAGAGAUUCUGAAUUACUGGCUGACGGAUAUGAAGAAUUUAACUAUCAAGAUUGGGAAGGAAAUUAAAAACUAAAACUAUGCAGAUUAUAAUUUAAUCUGUCUCAAGAGAAAUGGAUUGCUUUCUCAAGCAAAAUUGUGUCCACUCUAUGAAAAUUCUGAAAACAUAGGCAGGCAUAUUUACCGGUCAUCUGAAUCCAGGCAUAUAGUCAACAUUGAGAAACAACACACACCAUAUUUCAAAUAGGGAAGAAUUGUGAACUUGAUGACUGAUACUUUCCGCAUAAAAAAGAUGCUUAUUAUCAAAGCGCAAAACACAAUCACUGACGAUGGUCGUGACAGCAAACCAGGUUUGCUUCCAGCUGCCCUCAAAACACUACUCACAGAUCAUUUACAAGUGCAACUUACCUAUUGUUUUGGGAAGGCUGAACAAUAUAUCAGGAAGCAAAGCUCUUCAUGUGUUACAGUGCACGUGAAAUACAUGUAUGCAAGGAGAUGCAGGUCUCUCUGAAACACAGAUGUAUCCAGUAUGUAAACAGUGGUGAGGGUAUAUAUGCUCUGCACUUUAAUGUCUGUAACGCAUGCACACAAAC